CCGGUCAGUCAGAAUGGACGUGGGUGACUCUGAGACGAACCAAACUCUGGUCGUGAAAAAUGCUCUGGUCUGCACUGUCCUGGGCUUGGCUUCCCUUCUGGGCAUCCCGGGGAACGGAAUGGUCAUCUGGAUUAUCCUUUUCCACAUGCGGAGGCAGAGAUCGCCGACGGUGGUGCUGCUACUGAACCUGGCCAUCGCUGACGUGCUGGUGCUGGUCACCUUGCCUCUGUGGAUCUACAGCUUUGUGCACGGCUGGCCCUUCGGGCAGACCUUCUGCAAGCUCCUCACCUUCGUGGUCCACUGCAACAUGUACGUCAGCAUCUUCCUCAUCACGGUGAUGAGCGCCGAGCGCUUCAUGGCCGUCCUCUACCCGUUCAGCUCGCAGCGAUGGCGCACUGUGGCCGUGGUGCGUGCGAUGGUGCUGCUCGCCUGGCUGCUGGCUUCACUCUUUGCCAUCCCAGCGCUGGUGUACCAGGUACUGGGCGAUGAUGACCACGGGCAGGAUCAAUGCAUGUACGGCAACUUCAGCUCGGACGAGCAGGAGAUUCUGUGCACAAUGAUACAAUUCCUCGUGGCUUUUGCCAUCCCCUUUUCCAUGAUGUCCGUUUUCUACUUUUGUAUCGGGCGGAAACUGAGAGGCAUGACUUUUAAACGGCAGUCCAGGACAGGGAUGGUGAUUGGCACGGUGGUGAUUGUGUUCUUCGUUUGCUGGAUGCCUUACCAUGUGGUAAACCUGAUCUCGCUCGCAGCAAUGAUGACCAAGACAAACGAGGCGGUUUCCGACACGUUAACGGACAUCUAUGACUAUGGCGUCCUGUUCGCUGGGGCGUUGGUGUUCUUCAACAGCUGCGCCAACCCGAUCAUUUAUGCCUUUGCCGCCCGGAGUAUCCGAGAUGGCUUUCACGUGUCGGCCUUUGGCACGUUUUUUGACCAGAUGACCAAUUCCGUCAAAGAAGAAUCGAGGAAAACAAGCAAGGACACUUCAAAAGCCUACGAGAACGUCACUUUGCAAGAGUUGCAUUCCAGUCAGAAUAACUGAGCUGGUUUUCAUCCAAACCCACAAAGCGGUAAAACAUUUUAUUCAAAGUAUCCUCGCGCUUUUCCCUUCCCUGGUUUUACUUUGUGACUACCCGCCAUGUAAUAAAAGCAGUGGACUUCAAGAAUCAAAA